AUGGAGGAGGAGGAGUAUUUGGAAAAGGAGCAAGAGGUGGAGGUGGAGGAGGGCGUGACUGCCAAGGAAGCGCUUCCAACGAUGGGGACAUCGCCUAUAAAAGGGACGACACCUCAAAGAGACGCCCCUGGACAAAUGACGGACGAGAAGCGCCUUCUGCAUGAGGCCCAGCAGCUUCGGAGAGUAGCCUUUAUUGGCGUCUCCAUCUCGACAGUGGCUACUCUCCUGUGUAUGGUCUCCGUGCCAAUGUUCUACAAUUAUCUCCAGCAAAUGCAGUCGAUGAUGCAGGGAGAGCUGCGCAGCUCCAACAUCUGGCGGGAAGUGACUCGUACGCAGGUGCUCGCCAGUGUGAAUGGAGUGGUCAGGUCGAGAAGGCAGGCCGGAUAUGAGUCCGCUGGGGUUGAGGGAACUCAUCAUGCUGCUUCAUCUGGAGGUGGUGGUGGCGGAUGCUGUGGAUGUGGCGUUUCCGCUCAAGGUCCCCCCGGCCCACCUGGGUCUGAUGGAUUGGAUGGAGCGGAUGGUGAACCUGGAAAGAACGGCAACAAUGGCCCUGACGGCCCUGAAGCCACCCCUGCACCGCACCAUGACUUCUGCUUCGAUUGCCCUGAUGGCCCACCAGGACCCGCUGGAAAAGCUGGACCCAAAGGACCACCCGGCAGCAAUGGUGAACCCGGAAAGGAUGCGGAUGGUGGUGUACGUGGCCCGCCAGGCCCACCAGGCCCUCCUGGACCCGGUGGAGAUGAUGGAAAGCCGGGAGAAGCCGGAUCACCAGGCUCUGCUGGCCAGGUCAGCGAGGUGCCCGGCCCCGAAGGACCUCCUGGACCUCCUGGAUCACCCGGCGAAGCUGGACCAGAUGGACCCAAGGGAGGAGAUGGCAAGCCCGGAUCUGCCGGAUCACCUGGAGAAGCUGGACCCCCAGGCGGAAAUGGAUCCGAUGGAAAGCCUGGAGGCCCCGGGGAGAACGGACCAGAUGGAAAUCGUGGAGACUCGGGUGGCUGUGAUCAUUGCCCGCCGCCAAGGACUGCGCCUGGAUAU